AUGAAAAAAAUCCAGAUGUGCUUGUCUGUCACCUUUCUAUUUGCAUUUGGAAUAGUUUAUGAACUGUCCCAAGAACCAGAUUGCUUCUUUUUCUGCAAUCCAAUUUCCAAACAUUUCCUGAGGCCCAAAGAUGUCAUGUCCCAGGGCAGAAGUAUCAUCUUUCUGGAGACAACUGAUCAUCUGCAACCUUCUCCACUUGUUUUAUGUUCUGUGGAAUCUGCUGCCAGAGUUUAUCCAGACAGGCCCAUCAUUUUCUUUAUGAAAGGACUGGACAACAACACAUUGCCAGUUAUAAAGUCUUCUUACCCCUCACUUUUCUUCUUAUCAACUAUGAAGAAUGUUUUCCUUUUUCCUCUUCAGGAGGACAAUUUAUUCCAGGACACGCCUCUAUUGUCAUGGUAUCUUCAGGUCAAUACAACAAAGGAGAAAUAUUGGACCUAUAUUAUUUCUGAUGCAAUCAGACUUGCAGUAGUGUGGAAAUAUGGUGGAAUUUAUAUGGACACUGAUGUUAUUUCCAUCAAACCUAUCCCAGUGGCUAAUUUUUUGGCAGCUCAAUCUUCCCAAUUCUCCAGCAAUGGGGUCUUUGGUUUUCAGCAUCAUCAUUGGUUCAUCUGGGAUUGCAUGAAUGAUUUUGUUCAUAAUUACAAUGGAGACAUCUGGGGAAAUCAGGGACCUUACCUAUUUACAAGGAUACUAAAGAAGCAAUGCAAUCUUAGAAAUUUUGAGAAUGUGGAAGACCACAUAUGUUACAACAUUUCCUUUUUGCACCCUCAACGUUUCUAUCCUAUUCCUUAUAAAACAUGGGCAAAGUAUUACGAAGUAUGGAUUACAAAGCCAGAGUUCAAUCAUUCUUAUGCUUUGCACUUAUGGAACUUCAUGAACCAGAAAGAGAAAAAGAAUAUGACCAUUGGAAGCAACACACUUGUGGAAAACCUGGUCAGAACGUAUUGUCCUAGUACAUAUAGAUUUGAGCUCUUGAAAGGAAACCGAGGAAGUGUGUCGGGUACGGUUUGGUAA